AUGGGGAAUUGCACUAGCAAAAUUUCAAAAGAAAACAAAAGGGAUAUGAAGGAAGAAGUGUACAGACUGUCAGAUACUGUUAAGCUGAACGAUCCUCUUUGUCAGGAUGCACAAGCUACUAAAAAUGGCAGUGCUAAUAAUGCACUAAAUUCUGUAGAAAUUGCUAAAGGGAUAAAUGUUAUGAAAAAUUCUGUUGAUAGUAAAUGUCAUGGUAACACAGAGGAAAUGGAACAAGUAAACAUGCCAGUGAAGCAAGAAUCUGUAGAACCUGCAAUCCCAAAAUCUGAGAUUAUUUUAAUACAGUCAAAGAAUACUGAAAGUGAAGCAAUGGCAACAGAUACAAAUGUAAAAGAAGAAACAAAAUCUGAAUGCGAAUCAAUGGACCCAAAGGUCAAAGUGUCAGAUAACAGUGGUGUAACACCUGUUAAUGAUGAGCAAGAUUAUACAGAAAUCAAAGGCAAACCUUAUAACUUUUCAAAAGGCAGGGAAAAGCCAGAUUUACCAGAAUCAGAAUUUCUUGACACUAAAUCUUGGAAAACAGAACCUGCACAUCAUAAUGAAGACAUAAAGACAGAUGGAAGUGACCAAUCUCCUGAUCCAAAGGAUGAAAAAGAUCCUGCAGACAACAAGAAAGACGAAAUUGGACAUUCAAAUUUGUUAGACUGUGAUCAAAAUGGUAUGUUAAAAAGUAAUGGUUCAGAAACAGAGAAAGACAAUAGUGGUCAGACAAAUGUUGCUGACCGUGUUCCACCAAAGAGUGCAUCAAGUGAUGGAGACAAAAGUCACCAACGGCACUCUGGAGGGGAUGAGUUUGCAUUCCCCACCAAUAAUGAAUUUAAAAAGGAUGAGAAAGGUAAAACAGACCCCAAUGAAGUAGUCAAAUCAAAAACAAAGAAAAAGAAAAAGAAGGAUAGAAUAGGUGAAAUUGGUGAAUAUGUUGUACAACCUGGUACUACAGUAUCUCAUCAUGUAUAUAAUGAACCAAUAGAGACUCUUUUCAUUGGUUGUGACAAUGUUGUUGUAAAACAUGAGAAGAUAGAAGAAAAAAGAGAGACUGCACAGACUACCCGCAUGAUUCAUAGUGUAGAAACAAUGAAUAUUUUGUCAGAAGUGGCAAAAUCUGUGGGGCAUAUAAGAGGACCUAAAGAAUCUGGAACUUGCUGGAGGGUUGGUAAUGAUAAAAUUAUUACUGCUGCGCAUGUUGUAGUAGAUAAUAUAUGGGAUGCAUUGACUGCAAUUCUCUUUGAACCACUCUUGGGCCAAUUUAGGGUGGACUUUGACUACAUUAGCAAACAAUCAUCCAGUCAGUUUAAAGUCAUACCAAAAGUAUUGUUAAUAGAUAAAAGUUUAGAUAUUGCAGUUCUACAGCUGAAACCUGAUGAGAAGAAACCAUUCCCUCCCCCACUUAAGAUGUUUCAUGUACUAAAUCCUGAAAAAGAUGGGAAUAAACAAAUCUAUCUGAUAAGUCACAAUCAAAGUAAAAAAAAAAAGGUUAACUCUGGUAUUGGUAUUUGGAAACCCACAGAGAAAAAGCUUGAAGACCUUGAAAAGUUUUGUCAACAAUAUGGAGAGGAGAAUGGUUACAUAGGACUGGACAAAAAAGAUAGAUUGGUUAUUCGAUGUGACUUUGUAAGUGGAGCUUCAGGUAGUCCUGGCAUAGUUAUUCUCAAUAAUGUGGCCUAUGUUGUUCUUGUUUAUAUUAGGGGAUUUCCAUCUUUUUAUCAUAAUGAACUGUUUUCUGAAGAACAAAAAAGAACAUUUCCUAGCGAUAAGCUAUUUCAGCAUGGUGUCAAUAUUGGCAAUCUGUAUGCCAACAUGUCUUCUGGAACGUACAUCGUACUUCGUAAUGAGAUUUUUUCGGAGGAAGCAUUAAAACUUAAGCAGACUAUCAAUCAGCACCAACUAGCUAUAUCUGGUGACAAAACAUCAAGCAAUACAGAAACAACAGAAACAUCAACUGGUAUUGCGAAAGGCAAGAUGGACAAUAUCAGUAAAAAAUCAGAAACGAAAAUUCCCAUUUCUAAAGCUACUGCUUGCACUGAUCAAAGUGAAGACAACAUUCCAGAAUCAGCAAAUUAUAGAAGACUGAUGUCACAUAGUUCUGUUCCUGGCCAAACUUUUAUUACAUCACCACAAGAGGAUACAGACAGAUACAACAUCACUAGUAACCAGUCUGCUCAAGAUAUUAAAACUGAUGGAAGUGACAAAUGUACAGUACAAGAUCAAGGAAGUCACAGCCACUCAAGCACAGGUAAUGCUGCUGCAGAGAAUCAUAAUUUGCAUGCAAAAGAGGGAGAAAUGAUAACACUUCAGAGGAGUCCUGGGAGAACACGACUAUUGUCUGCAGGGCAAAUUUCUAUUGAAAACAGUGUGAAGCACCACCAAAUAAGGAUACGAUGCGACCAAGGUAUUCCGAUUAAAACGAUUAAGGAUGGUAUGAAACUAAGGCUUCAUAGCGAAGGACAACUUCAGACUCUAACAAAGCCGACAGGGUCGUGGGUUUCAAAACUUGUUAUUUGUUGUGAUGGAAGAAUGGUGAAUAUUGAUUCGUCAUGCAAAAGCACAAGUAUAAGCACUGACAAUAUUAAUCUGUUAAAGAUAAAGAAGGAUUCAUCGAACUAUCUGCAGGCAUUGCUUGGCAAUACAGAUAAGGAAUUUGAGAUACUAAUGACUUUGUCGACACUACUUAAGAUUAACCGUAUCAAACCAGAAGACUGGCUUGUACCUGUAAUUAAACAUCAGCACCAGAUGGCGUGUUAUAUGCUGUUGGCCUAUAUGAAUGAACCAAACACAAACAAAGAAGAUGCUAUAACUAACGCCUUGAAAAUGGCUAUUGAGAAAAAUGAUAAAAAUAUUACAAAUACUUUAUGUUGGUUUAUCAUCAGGGAAUAUUUCAAAUGUGUAUCAUUCCAAAUUGACGGAUUACUUGAUGUUUGGCCAGCUAUGGUUUGUAAAAAGUUAAACUGUCACGAGUUUGACCAAUGUUCAAAAGACGUUGUUGUCGUAGUUGAGAUGGUGAAAUCUGCAAAAUACUUGCCUAAACAAUUCUGGAAUAUACCAAUAGAGUAUCUGUCUCAAAAUGACGUAAUACAAAUUGAAACCAAACAUUCGAGUAAGAAUACAAAUGUCGAUGUAUCAAUACACGAUUGUUUCCCUGAAAAAUUCGAAAUCGAUGGAAAUCUUGCUUCAAACUUAUUUGAAAAGCACAGUAAGUUGACAUUUAUUUGCAAGUCGAUUUACAAAUCAAAAGAUUGUGUAAAAGUAUAUCAUCCGUGUGUUCAAUUAUUCUGCAGAAGAAAAGGUUUAAUUCCCAUAAAAGAAAAUCAUUUCCCCAAAUUUAUAAAUAAUGUUAAAACAAACAUCUUGGAAGGGGAACCCGUCUUCGCAAGUAGGAUACGAGCUGGCGAACAAAUAAAAUCAACAUACUACACAGGCACACUUGGAGGAUUUGUUAAAAUUAUGGGGGAUAUUACAUUUAUAACUUGCGCACAUGUGGUGGUGAACAAGGACGUUAUCAGUGGACGAAAGCUCAGCAUACCAAACAAUGAAUCUACACAUAUAGAAUGUGUACAAAUUUCACCGAAUUCUAUAGAUACUUUUCGUUGUGGUAAAUUACGCUAUAUUGAGUUCAAAACAGAUAGACCAGGGGAAACCAGCAUUGAUGCCGCACUUAUUGCAUUAUCAGAGGGUAUAGGAAUUGAUAAUGAUGACUUCAUUGCGAACAGAAGAAGUAAUAAACAUUCCUUAAAGUUACUUGGUUUGAAAUCACCAUUUCUAAACGAGAAUUGCUUAGAUUAUGAAAAGAUGUUCUAUGGAAAGCAUUUUAGUCAAUUUCACAAUGUUACUAUCGGAGCAAUAUCUAGCAUUUCUGUAAAUGGGUCAAAAAUUGUCGUGCCUGAAGACAAAGACGAUGGAAUUCAUGUUGACUUGGAAUCAAUUGUCGAUACAUUUAAGAGGGUCAUGCAAUCAGAAAAUCAACAGAAUGUGCAGUCGUCUAUGUUCAGCAGCGCAGCACCCGUCUUCAGCAACAAUGCUCAUACACAGGAGACACGUUUAUUGAAGUUAGACAAGGAACGCACUUAUCGACGACUCUCUCGAUCCAUGUACAAUCAAAUAGCGGUAACUCACAUACCAUUUAAACCAGGGGAUUCUGGAACCUGUGUCUAUGUUUGUGACAAUUCUCUAGGUGCUUAUGGGUGUAUGGGAAUGGCUAUCGCAAACCAUCCUGGACCAGACGGUGGUGUUAUUCUUACGCCGAUGAAAGAAAUAUUGAAAACAUUUCAUGUUGAUAUUCAGUAGACAUAUUUCAUCAAAUGGUUUGAAAAUAACAAUUAUUAAGUAUGCAAAAUAUCAUUCAAAAAAGGUAUUCAAAUAAAAACAACAGUAUAAUUCCACAUCCAUGAAUUGAAACAAGACAUUUUCUGAAUAAAAUGGUGUUUGACAA